GAGGGAUUGGGUCAGGAAUGGGCCCCCAGGCUCUCCUCGCUCUCUGGCUCAGCCAUCCUCGCCAGGGCAGGCGCUGAGGGGCCGCUGUCCCCCCUCAGCCGCGGCGGGGAUGAGCCACCAUGGCUGAGGGCAGCAGGGCCGGCUCACUGGCCUUUGGCCAGGUGGUCAUCGGGCCACCGGGCUCCGGGAAGACGACCUACUGCCACGCCAUGCGGGACUUCCUGAGCCGAAUCGGCCGCAGCGUGGCCGUGGUCAACCUGGACCCGGCCAACGAGGCGCUGCCCUGGCCCUGCGCCCUGGACAUCGCCGAGCUCGUCACCCUGCCCGAUGUCAUGGACAGCCUGGGGCUGGGCCCCAACGGGGGCCUCAUCUACUGCAUGGAGUACCUGGAGGCCAACGCAGACUGGCUGCGGGACAGGCUGCAGGGCCUGCGGGGACACUACGUCCUCUUCGACUGCCCCGGGCAGGUGGAGCUCUACACACACCACGAGGCCCUGAAGAACGUCUUUGCCCAGCUGGCCAAGUGGAAUUUCAGGCUGGCUGCCGUGCACCUGGUGGAUUCCCACUACUGCACAGAUCCCGGGAAGUUCAUCUCCGUGCUCUGCACCUCCCUCUCCACCAUGCUGCACGUGGAGCUGCCCCACGUCAACGUCCUCUCCAAGAUGGACCUGAUCGAGCAGUACGGGAAGCUGGCUUUCAACCUGGAUUAUUACACCGAGGUCCUGGACCUCUCUUACCUCCUUGACCAUUUGGCCUCCGAUCCCUUCUUCAGGAAUUUCCGCCGCCUCAACGAGAAGCUGGUGGAGGUGAUCGAGGACUACAGCCUGGUGUCCUUCGUGCCUCUCAACGUCCAGGACAAGCAGAGCAUGCGGCAGGUGGUGCAGGCCGUGGACAAGGCCAAUGGAUAUUCCUUCGGGGACCAGGAGCACCGGAGCCUGGAGGCGCUGAUGUCGGCAGCUGUGGGGGCCGAUUUCCACUUCUCUUCCACCCUGGCAGUGCAGGAGAAGUAUGUGCAAUCUCAGGACAAAGCCGUGGAAGAGGAGGUGAUGGAUCUGUGACACGCCCUUCCCCGGCUCCUCUGUUUUGACACCUCUCCUUUUCCUACCUGGAGCUUCAGCUGUGACUCAGAGCACCUGAAAGCCUCUCCAGGCAGUCUGGACUCCCUCUCUGGGUGGGUUUUACCUGCCAAGCUUCAGGCCUGCUGCCCAGAGCAGGGAUUUGGCAGAGGGGAGGUGGCUGAGGGUCUCAGCAACAGAGAUUGAGCCAGGGAAGGCAGGGAGGGCAUGGAAAAGAAGCAAGAUAAAGUCUCCAUCAUGACCAAGACAGAUCCAGAGGAAGCAAAAUCAUCUGGAGCUGCCUGAUGUGCCGUGGGAGCUGAGGCCGCAGUCCUGGGGCUGCUGCAGGAGGAGCGUGCGUGGGCCCCGUGCUCCGAGGAGAAUCCAGGCCGAGACGCCUCCACACCGUCUCGAGGACAAAAAGAUGUUUGUUUUUAUUUUUCUUAGAAAUAAUGAUGGACUCUUUCUUAAUAAAACACUCCUCGGUCUCACUUUCAUCUU